GUCACGAAAAGCUCCCCAAAUAGCGACUCACAUAUUGGUGUUAUUUUGAAACCGUUUCCGUCUUCUAAGGGUGUUUUAAAACCGUAUUUUCGGAGGCAAUAAUAGCAGAGGAAAAUACUUUUUCCCGACAUCAGGUGUCCUGUGUAUUUUUGUGCAACAAAAGAGCAAGAUCGAUUAUUCCUUUUCUGGCGAUACACACCGACCUCAAUGCUGACUCACCUCUUAUCAGUCUAAUGGGUGUGGAGAUAAUAUGAAAGGAGCAGUGGAGGUGACCAUUCCACAAGACUGAUGAGUUCAGAGUCGUUCACACCUCUGAAGAAGAAGAAGACCCUGCAGGACACUUAACAAGGCUUGAAAAAAAAUGAAGAAGUCGGGGCAGUUCAAAAUAACCCCAGAGGUGGAAGAAGAUGCGGAGAAGAAGGAAAAAGCUGGAGAGAACAAGCUCAGCGUUGGAUAUUUUCAGUUGUUUCGUUUUGCCUCCUGCCAAGACAUUGCCAUGAUGGUGGGGGGCAGUUUCUGUGCCCUGGUCCAUGGCGCCGCCUCCCCCCUCAUGCUUCUGGUCUACGGCAUGAUGACCAAUACGUUUGUGGCGUACGAGCUCCAGAUCCGGGAGCUGAAGCAUCCGAACAAGACGUGCUUAAACGGCUCCAUCCACUGGAGCAACGGCACCAUUCAUGAAAUUGCUGACAAUGUCACUAUCCGCUGCGGGGUGGACAUUGAAGCAGAGAUGACCAUGUUUGCUUACUACUAUGUUGGAAUUGGAGUGGGAGUUUUGAUUCUCAGUUAUUUACAAAUUUACUUCUGGGUGACUGCAGCUGCAAAACAGAUCAGGAGGAUCCGUAAAAGGUACUUCAGAAAAGUCAUGCAGAUGGAGAUCGGAUGGUUCGACUGCAAUUCUGUGGGCGAGCUGAACACCAGGAUCUCAGAUGACAUCAACAAGAUCAACAACGCCAUCGCGGAUCAGGCCUCCAUCUUUAUCGAGAGGCUCUCCACGUUUUUGUUUGGCUUCAUGGUUGGCUUCAUCGGCGGCUGGAAACUCACGCUGGUGGUCAUUGCUGUGAGCCCGCUCAUCGGUGUUGCUGCUGCACUGAUGGCCAUGGCUGUGUCCAGACUGACUGGGCGGGAGCUGACCGCCUACGCCAAAGCAGGAGCUGUGGCUGAUGAGGUUCUGUCUGCGAUCAGGACAGUUGCUGCCUUUGGUGGAGAGAGCAAAGAGGUGGACAGGUAUGAUAAGAACCUAGAGGAAGCCCAGAACUGGGGUGUGAAGAAAGGCUCCAUCCUCGGAAUAUUCCAAGGUUACCUGUGGUUCAUCAUCUUCCUCUGUUACGCUCUGGCCUUCUGGUACGGAUCCCAACUGGUCAUCGACACCAAAGAGAUGUCUCCGGGUACUUUAAUCCAGGUGUUUUUUGGAGUCCUCAUGGCAGCGAUGCACCUGGGUCAGGCGUCUCCUUGCCUGGAGGCCUUCGCCUCUGGACGGGCUGCAGCUAAAAGCAUUUUUGCCACAAUUGACCGGGUGCCGGAAAUCAACUGUUUCUCCGAUGAUGGACGCAAGUUGGACUCACUUAAAGGCGACAUUGAGUUCCACAACGUUUCAUUCUUCUACCCUUCUCGACCUGAAGUCAAGAUAUUGGACGACCUCAGCUUGAGCGUCAAAGCAGGUGAGACGACAGCUUUUGUCGGACCCAGUGGUUCUGGCAAAAGCACCACCAUCCAGCUCUUCCAGAGGUUUUAUGACCCGAAACAAGGAACGGUGACUCUGGACGGCCAUGACAUCAGAACUCUGAACAUCAAGUGGCUCCGCUCACUCAUCGGUAUCGUGGAGCAGGAGCCGGUUCUUUUCGCCACCACCAUCGCAGAAAACAUCCGCUUCGGCCGAGACGGAGUCUCCAUGGAAGAGAUCAUCGAAGUGACUAAGCAAGCCAACGCCUACAACUUCAUCAUGGAGUUGCCGCAGAAAUUUAAUACCCCGGUGGGAGAAGGUGGCGGUCAAAUGAGUGGAGGUCAGAAACAGAGAAUCGCCAUCGCCCGAGCUCUGAUCCGAAACCCCCGGAUCCUUCUUCUGGACAUGGCCACUUCCGCUCUGGACAAUGAGAGUGAAGCCAUAGUUCAGGAAGCUCUGGAUAAGGUGCGCACGGGCCGGACCACGAUCUCCAUCGCCCACCGUCUCUCCACCAUCAGAAAGGCAGACGUGAUUAUCGGGUUUGAGCGAGGAAAGGCAGUGGAGCGGGGCACUCACAGUGAGCUGCUGGAGAAGCAAGGAGUCUACUUCACGCUGGUGACCCUUCAGAACCAGGGAGCGUCUGCCCCAGAACGUGCAGAUGCGAUCAGUGAUGUGGAUGACGCAGACUUUGGUGUCAAAGUGAGGAGCAUGAGUUCUGGAUCCUUAAAGUCGAGCAGCAGGAGGAACUCGGCUCGUGUGCGCUCUGUGAGCAACUUAUCAUCGGACUGUGUGCCUGAUGCAUUAACUGGCAGCCUGCGAUACCGGACGGAGCAGUUACCAGAAAAUGAGGAUCAGGAAGAACACAUCGAGCCGGCUCCUGUCGCACGAAUCCUCAAGUACAACCAGCCAGAGUGGCCGUACAUGCUGCUGGGAUCUCUGGGGGCGGCGGUCAACGGUUCCGUCAACCCCAUCUACGCCAUCCUCUUCAGCCAGAUUCUCGGGACGUUUGCGCUGGAAGAUGUGGCGGAGCAGAGGCAGCAGAUUGAUGGGAUAUGUGUUCUGUUUUGCAUCGUGGCCGUCACCAGUUUCUUCUCGCAGUUUUUGCAGGGGUACGCGUUUGCCAAAUCUGGGGAGCUGCUGACCCGUCGACUGAGAAAGAAGGGCUUCCUGGCCAUGCUGCGGCAGGAGGUCGGCUGGUUUGACGACGUCAGGAACAGCCCCGGGGCGCUGACGACCAGGCUGGCCACGGACGCCUCCAUGGUUCAGGGUGCCACAGGAUCUCAGAUUGGGAUGAUCGUGAACUCGCUGACCAGCAUCGGAGCGUCCUUCAUCAUCGCCUUCUACUUCAGCUGGAAGUUGACCCUGGUGAUCAUGUGCUUCCUGCCCCUCAUCGGACUGUCAGGUGUCUUUCAAGCCAAAAUGCUGACAGGUUUUGCAAAUGAUGACAAGGAUUCCAUGGAAGCUGCUGGACAGGUCUCCAGUGAGGCUCUGGGAAACAUCAGGACCAUCGCUGGUUUGGGCAAAGAAAAUGCCUUUGUGGAGUCCUACGAAGAGCAGCUGGAAAGCCCCUUCCUCUCCGCCAAGAAGAAAGCCCACGUCUACGGGGUGUGUUUCGGCUUCGCCCAGUGCGUGAUCUUCAUGGCCUACGCCGCCUCCUUCAGAUACGGAGGCUACCUUGUCAGCGCCGAGGGGCUGCAGUACAUGCUGGUUUUCAGGGUGAUCUCGGCGGUGGUGAUCAGUGGGACGGCGCUGGGCAGAGCUUCAUCCUUCACUCCAGAUUAUGCCAAAGCCAAAACUGCUGCUGCUCAGUUAUUCAAACUCCUGGACCGGGUACCAAAAAUCAGCACGAGCCCUGACGAUGGAGAGAAAUGGGAUAAGUUCAGGGGUCAGAUUGAAUUUCUCAACUGCAAGUUCACCUAUCCUGCUCGGCCUGACACUCAGGUGUUGAACGGUUUAUUUGUGUCGGUGAAGCCUGGUCAGACCCUGGCAUUUGUGGGGAGCAGCGGCUGCGGGAAGAGCACCAGCAUCCAACUGCUGGAGCGAUUUUAUGACCCAGAUGAGGGGCAAGUGUUGAUCGAUGGUCACAACUCUCGAAGAGUCAACGUGCCCUUCCUGAGGUCUCAGAUCGGCCUGGUGUCUCAGGAGCCGGUGCUGUUUGACUGCAGCAUCGCGGACAACAUACAAUACGGAGACAACACGCGCACCAUUGGCAUGGAGGAGAUUAUCGCCGCCGCCAAAAAGGCCUACCUGCACGACUUUGUCAUGACGCUGCCUAAUAAAUACGACACUCAGGUUGGUGCACAAGGUUCUCAGCUAUCAAGAGGACAAAAACAGCGCAUUGCCAUCGCCAGGGCCAUCGUCAGAAAUCCCAAAAUCCUUCUGUUAGACGAGGCUACUUCUGCACUGGACACAGAGAGUGAAAAGACUGUCCAGACUGCCCUGGAUGAAGCGAGAAAAGGCCGCACCAGCAUUGUCAUCGCUCACCGCCUCUCAACAAUUCAAACAGCCGACAUCAUCGCCGUCAUGUCCCACGGAAUCGUCAUAGAACAAGGGACACACAAUGAACUCAUGGCGAAGCGUGGCGCCUACUACAAGCUAGUGACCACGGGGGCGCCAAUAAGUUGAAGUAGUUUCACCGUCACUUAUUUUGUUUGUUUUUUUUGUCAUUUUAUAAUUUAAUUAGUUUAUUCGUACUUUGUUACAGUUGAGAAUGUCUAAAAUGAAAGCUGAAGAAAUGUGGAAUAUAGUAAGAUAAAAAAAAUUGUCCUCAUAAGUAAAUUAACUGUGUUUGUGAAACAUAGAAAACCUCCCUAAAAAAAACAAUUGAUUUGUGAAUCACGUCACUGGCGAGUGCUGCCACUAUGUAAAGUAGAAAAUAUGUAUGUUAUUGAAAUUGAAUUUUUGUCGGCACAAACAAUGGUGCUAUCUGAACAAUUUGCUGUUUGUUUAGUAUUGUUAUUUAUAGUGAUAAAAAAAUUAAAUG